AUGGCUACUAACGCUAUUAGGGUUAUCGCUACAGCGAAAGAUUUUGACAAAGUUGGAUUAGGGAUCAUCGGAUACUAUCUUCAAUUAUAUGCGGUUGAAUUGAUCCUGAGUGAAGAGGAUCGGUCGCAAGAUAUGACCGCUCUAGCUACAGAACUUCUUGAUACCAUUGAAGCAUUUAAGAAGGAGGUUGGCGGCGAAAGUGAAGCAGAAAACAGUGACAAAAGCUUGCACGUUAUGAACACGCUUAUACAUGAUCAAGAAAAGGCAAAGAUUUAUAUGCUAAAUUUUACGAUGUCGUUGUAUAACGAGAAACUAAAACAGCUGAAAGACGGCCCCUGGGAUGUUAUGUUAAGGAGAUCGCUAUGGUGUUGUAUUGACUUAUUUUCAUGCAUUCUACACCUCUGGAAGGAAAAUAUAAGUGAAACGAGUGUAAGCUCAUUACAAAAACGAACGAAGUACUGCAAAAUUUAUUUGAACAAAUUGGCGAAGGGUGAAAUUGGGCCUGGCGAUGAAAAAAAGUUAGAUUAUGCUGAUUUUGCGGAUGACAGCGAGGAGACUAAGGAUGAGGAGGUUGAUCGUCUGAUAGAUGAUUUGGAAAGCAAUAAUAAUUUUGAAGUAGAUGAUCUGGCCUCCAAAAAUGAAGCGAAAUCGAAUGAGUCUUUGGAAGAGGUACCUGAGUUUAUCGAUGACUCUGAUAACACAAAUGAAGAAGAAGAGAGGGCCGACAAGAACGAGGAUACAAUAAGAAAAGAUAAACACCUGGAUCCGAAGAAAGAAAUGAAUCUAACGCACUCUUCUGUACCAUCAGAACCUGCGACACCGGAGCACAAAUCGUAUACAAAGGAUGAGUUGGCCAAUAUUAUGGAUAAGUCCAGUAAAAUAGAGCAAAUCCAAAAAUUUGCCAAAUACGCCAUAAGCGCAUUAAAUUAUGAAGAUCUGCCCACGGCCAAAGAUGAGUUAACUAAGGCACUGGAUCUACUGAAUUCGAUUUAA